AUGCAGCUGGAUCCCAACCGCCAGGACAAGCCCAUUAUGAACACCAUUGCAUUGCUGGACAACCUCGACAAGAACAUCAACACCUUCGCCAUGCGAGUCCGGGAGUGGUACGCCUGGCACUUCCCGGAGCUCACGAAGAUCGUCACGGACAACAUCGCCUAUGCCAAGGUGAGCCGGGUCAUCCGCGUGAGGGACAACUUCGAAGGAGACAAGGAGGCCCUCAGCGAGGCCGCUGGCUCUGAGGAGGUGGCGGACGAGAUCUUGAAGGCGAUGAAGAUGUCCAUGGGCCAGGACAUCGUGGAAAUGGAUAUGAAGAACAUCGACCACUUUGCAAGCGAGGUGAUCAAGCUUGCUGACAUGCGGAAGACGCUGCAUGAGUACCUCAAGGCCAAGAUGGACCUGGUGGCCCCCAACUUGGGCGCGCUGAUCGGGGAGAUCAUCGGGGCCCGGCUCAUCUCGCACGCAGGGAGCCUCACGAACCUGGCCAAGUACCCCGCGAGCACCGUGCAGAUCUUGGGGGCGGAGAAGGCGCUCUUCAGGGCGAUGAAGACGAAGGGCAACACGCCCAAGUACGGUUUGAUUUUCCACUCCACCUUCAUUGGCCGGGCCCAGCAGAAGAACAAGGGCAGGAUAUCGAGGUACCUGGCCAACAAGUGCUCCCUGGCGAGCCGCAUCGACUGCUUCUCCGAUGAGGCCACCACGGUGUUCGGGGAGAAGCUCAAGGACCAGGUGGAGGAGCGGCUGACCUUCCUCUCGGAGGGCACGACACCCCGGAAGAACUUGGAGGCGCAAGUGUUUCCGUGUCUUUUUCCCGCGCGGAUCUCCCGUUUUUUUUGUUUUUGUUUGUUUAAAUAA